GCUGCGCGGGGGCGGGGCGCGGUGCAGUCUCGCGAGAGCUGCGGGCCCGCCGGCGCUCCCCGGCCCGCUCCCUCACGCUGACAUGGUCGCCGGCGAUGGACCCUCCCAGGACAGGAAGCCCUUACCAGCCCGCCAUUGAAGCUUUGGAAAGCCACCCAGAGAAAAAGUUUUACAAUGUGUCCAAGCUCGGAGGCGCCAAGUAUGAUACUCUGCCUUACUCCAUCCGAGUGUUGUUUGAGUCCAGUGUCCGCAACUGCGAUGGCUUCUUGGUGAAAGAAACGGAUGCUAUGAACAUCUUGGACUGGAAAACAAAACAGAACCAUGUUGAAGUGCCCUUCUGUCCUGCCAGAGUUGUUCUUCAAGACUUCACUGGAAUUCCAGCAAUGGUGGAUUUUGCUGCUAUGAGGGAAGCUGUGAGAAAUGCUGGAGGAGAUCCAGUGAAGGUCAAUCCUGCCUGCCCAACUGAUCUCACUGUUGACCAUUCUCUGCAGAUUGAUUUCAGCAAAUGUGCAAUCCAGAACGCUCCCAACCCCGGCGGGGGUGAGCAGAAGCCGCUGGCCAGGCUGUCCCCGCUGAAGCCGCCGCUGCGGAAGCCGCCCCCGUGCCGGGGCCACAGCGGCUGCCGGGGCUCGUGCGGCGCGGGCGAGGCCGGCCGCAGCCCGGGGCCCUUCUCUGCGCAGAUCGAGAACACGCCCAUCCUCUGCCCCUUCCACCUGCAGCCUGUGCCUGAGCCUGAGACAGUAUUGAAAAAUCAAGAGAUGGAAUUUGGCAGAAAUAGGGAGAGGCUUCAAUUUUUUAAGUGGAGUUCAAAAGUUUUUGAGAAUGUUUCCAUAAUUCCACCUGAGACUGGAACAGCACAUCAAGUGAACUUGGAAUAUUUGUCCCGAGUGGUUUUUGACGUGAAAGAUUUCCUGCAUCCUGAUAGCGUGGUUGGCACAGACUCGCACACAACCAUGGUAAAUGGCUUGGGUAUCUUGGGCUGGGGCGUCGGGGGCAUCGAGACGGAAGCGGUGAUGCUGGGAAUGCCGCUCACCCUCCCCCUGCCGGAGGUGGUGGGCUGUGAGCUGACAGGCACAGCCAGCCCCUUUGCCACAUCCAUAGACAUCGUUCUCAGCAUUACAAAGCAUCUUAGACAAGCUGAUGUCGCUGGAAAAUUUGUUGAGUUUUUUGGGAGUGGUGUUUCCCAACUGUCCGUAGCAGACCGAACCACAAUAGCAAAUAUGUGUCCUGAAUAUGGUGCUAUUCUGAGUUUUUUCCCUGUUGAUAAUGUGACAUUGAAGCACUUAAAGCAUGCAGGUUUUGAUAAGGCCAAGCUUGAAGUCACAGAAGCAUAUCUUAAAGCUGUGAAGUUAUUUCGAAAUGAUGAGAGUUCUUCCAGAGAGCCUGAGUAUUCCCAGGUAGUGCAAGUUAGCCUAAGUUCUAUAAUUCCAUAUGUCAGUGGCCCCAAGAGAUCUCAAGAUAGAGUGGCUGUUAAUAACAUGAAAAGUGACUUCCAAGCCUGCUUAAAUGAAAAGUCUGGUGUUAAAGGGUUUCAGAUUGCAGCUGAGAAGCAGAAUGACAUUGUGCCUGUUGAGUAUGAAGGAAAUGAAUACAAGCUGUCCCACGGCUGCGUUGUCAUUGCUGCAGUCAUCAGCUGUACAAACAAUUGCAAUCCAUCUGUCAUGCUUGCUGCAGGACUGCUGGCCAAAAAAGCUGUUGAGGCUGGCCUCGUGGUGAAGCCCUACAUCAGAACAAGUUUAUCACCUGGCAGUGGCAUGGUUACACAUUACCUCAGUUCCAGUGGAGUAUUGCCAUACCUUAGCAAGCUUGGGUUUGAGGUUGUUGGUUAUGGGUGUUCCACCUGUGUUGGGAACACGGCCCCUUUGCCAGAAGCCAUCAGGAAUGCAAUAAAACAGGGAGAUCUCAUUGCCUGUGGGGUGUUGUCUGGCACCAAGAACUUUGAGGGCCGCCUGUGUGACUGUGUCCGUGCCAACUACCUGGCGUCCCCUCCGCUGGUCGUGGCCUACGCCAUCGCGGGCACCGUGCACAUUGACUUUGACACGGAGCCCUUGGGUACUGGCUUUAAUGGCAAAAGUAUUUACUUGCGAGAUAUUUGGCCCACAAGACAAGAACUUCACACAGUGGAGGAAGAGCGUGUGAUAUCAUCCAUGUUUAAGGAAUUGAAAGAAAAAAUGGAGAAAGGAAACAAACGAUGGAAUUUACUGGAAGCACCAGAGUCGACUUUAUUUCCCUGGGAUUUAAAAUCUACUUAUAUUAGAUGUCCUUCCUUUUUUGAUAAACUUGCCAAAGAAGCGGCUCCCCCACGGGCGGUUGAGAACGCGCACGUGCUGCUGUUCCUGGGGGACUCUGUCACCACGGAUCACAUUUCCCCUGCUGGGAGCAUUGCCAGGAGCAGUGCUGCUGCCAAGUACCUGACCAGCAAAGGACUCACACCUCGUGAAUUCAACUCUUAUGGGGCUCGAAGAGGUAAUGAUGCUGUGAUGACAAGAGGUACCUUUGCAAAUAUCAAGCUUCUGAAUAAGUUCAUAGGAAAACCAGCUCCUAAAACAAUUCACUUCCCAUCAGGACAAACGCUAGAUGUGUUUGAAGCAGCGGAGCUGUACCAGAAGGAAGGCAUUCCUGUCAUUAUUCUAGCAGGAAAGAAGUAUGGACUGGGUAGCUCAAGAGACUGGGCUGCAAAAGGGCCUUUCCUACUGGGUGUUAAAGCUGUCCUAGCUGAGAGCUACGAGAAGGUUCACAGGAGUCAGCUGAUUGGAAUUGGCAUCGCUCCACUUCAGUUUCGUCCUGGGGAAAAUCCAAGUACUCUGGGACUCACCGGCAGAGAGCAAUUUUCUAUAUUGUUCCCUCCAGACUUGUUGCCCAGAAUGACGUUGGAUAUUAAGACAAGCACUGGAAAAGUAUUCAGCGUGAUUGCCUUGUUUGAAAACAGUAUGGAGAUAACUUUAUACAAGAAUGGUGGAAGUCUAAACUUUGUGGCUCGAAGAUUCUUAUAGUAGCUACUGACUCUCUGGGUACCCUACGUAACUGGUAACUCAGCAAAUGCCUUGUGUGAACCCAGGAAUCUGUACUGUGGAACUGCAAAUCAAACAGUCCUAGUGUGCUCAGUUACUUCGUCCAUGGAUGUAAAAGAUUGUGAAUCAUUGUAACUGCAACGAGAUCCUUUCUGAUUUUAAAUAAUAUUCUAAUGGUGCUAUUAAACAUUGCUAAAAUCAACAUGUGUAUUGUGACAAGAGAGCUGUAAGUAUGGAGGGGAUGUUUUAUCAGACCAUUUUGUAAAUAAACUAUGCGAAAUUGAAACUGAUUGUGCUGAGGAAUUAUUAUGUAAGAAGAUUUUCUGCAGUUGUUUCCACUUAUUUUUUGCACCUGUAAAUCUGUGUACUUCUGUUUGUUGGUUUAAGAGUAGCAGAUGGCAUGGAAUUUUAAAGGCCAAACAGAUUUUUUAUUUUCCUCAACCAGAGCUUAAAAAAAGAUAUCGAGUUUUCAAUUUCUUUAGGUUUUGGGCUGAACAAAAAGCAGUCCACAUGAGGCCCGUGGUAUGCUGUAUCACAGAUGUUGACUUCCUUACCUUUAUGGGAUUAUAUUUCCUCUGGAUCCAGAUUUAAACUGCUCAAGCUAUGAAAUAUGUGAAAUUCUGUGUGCUUAGAAAUAUGGGAAACAUUUCUGCAUUUAAAAACAAAUCUCCCAGUUGUUUCAUUCAUGCAGGUUAAGCCAUGUUUCUUCAUGCCCUUCAACUGAAGUUUGUCACAUCUGCUUCAAGGGACGCACUUGUCAUUUGUGACAUCUGUUUUUAUUGUGCUCUCUGCAAUAUCAUCAGAGAAAGCACCUCCUUGUAAUGUUUUAACCUUUAAAGCCUUUUAAAGCAUUUGCUAGGGCUGUUUUAAUUCCUCUGCUUUAAAUACAACCUGUCUAAUACAUUACACGUGUCAGAUGUUCAAGAGCCAGAUGGCCACAGUGCCUUUGAGUGCUUUCUCACAUGCUGGCAGCUCCCAGCUCUCACAGAGCAUCCCCUUCUGAGGAGGAGCCUGGAGCACUGAACAAACCUGGCCCUCAUGGCACUGCAGUAGCUGUGGCUGGAAUUGUCAGCCCCUGUUCAUAGCCCAUAUUGGAGGAGCUGCAGCAUGGCUUGUGCUCCCACUUCACAGAGCUUUGGUGGUGUCUGAGCUGUGCGAGUGAGUGCAGCUCCAGCAGGCUCUUCCUGUGCUCCUGUCUUGAAAAGCUUCAUAGCUCCACUUACAGUUUACAUACAGUUUAAUUUCUGCUGGAGAACAAAACUGCAAUACAUGCCUAUAAAUUGUCAAGAUUUUGCUUUAAGGAUUUUUGUUGUUGAUAAAUGUUGUCUUAAAUAUCAAAACAUUCAAGAGGACUAUAUUAGCUUUAUUUACAUGUACUUUUAAUUUAUAACCAGAUACUGAAAUAGUUGACUUGUGAACUAACAGAUGAACUGUUCAAAUCUUUAAAUAGUAUGUUUGACAUUCCUUUAAAAAAAGCCCUGAACCCAAAAUAUCCCAAACCUCUUGCAUAAUUAUAUCAAUACAGUGUAUUACUUUGACAGUUCAAAAGCCAAACUAAUUUGAUUGACAUAAAUUUGAUACUUAUUUUUCUGUUUUGUUAGACAAAGUUCACUAAAGUUUGAAGUUCUGUAUAAUCUGUUUUUAUAUUUCACUAGUUUGAUGUGAUUUUCUUUUAGGUAAGAUGAAAACCAUUCUGGUGACUCCUACCACUCCUAAGGGGGAAUAAAUCAAUGAAUAUUAUAUUCAACUGAAUGCUGAACGAGUUCCUGUUCUGUGGUACACUUCCAUUAUUCUAUCCAGAGUGACUGGGCAGAUCCUACUUCUUGUACAACAGUGUCUAAUACUAUUUUAUCCCAGCUCAAAGGUAUAUUCUUGAUUUAGUUCAAGGAAAUGUUAUUGGGGAGAAAAUGGAAAUUUAGUGCUGGUCCAUAAUGGUGCCUCAUGCAGAAUACAACUGCAACUCCAUGCCUAUUUACUAAUGCUUGAAGGAAACACAGCCCCCUUUUUCCAUGUUUCAGGAGACAGGAAUCCAAGCCAUGUCAAGGCAGAUUGAUGAGGUGAAGUACAAUUUCAAGGCAUGUGACUUACCUGCAAGUUGUCACCAGUAAAGCAAGUCAGUUCUUUUUAGAGAAACAGGGGCUUAAUUACGUUAGCAGCUGCUUUGAUUCUGCUGCACUGAUGUCUUGUCGUCCAUGAGAGAGAAGUUCUGAGCUGUGCUUGGGCACUGGGGCUGCUCAGCUGGAGGCUCCUAUUGUUGCUGCAGCAGGUGCAGCUCUCCACAAGCCCAAGUCUGGCAUCUCCGAGGUGUGCAGGCUGGCUGCUACCCUUGGGCCCGUUCCCUGUGGGCUGGGGGUGCUCUGUGGGACAGCUCUGCCCAUGCCCCAUGUGCUCUGAGCCCUGGGAACAGCCCUGCUCCCUGUCCCCUGUGCAGAGUGCAGCUCAGGAGGCCAGCAGCCAAUGAAGACAUUUAACUCUGGACACUGCUGGGACCCUGAGAGCCAUAGGUGGGCAGGAGUGGCAGGAGCCCUCUGCCAGGGGCAGGGCCUGGGACAGUCGGGAUUGCUGUGCUCACACACCAAACGUUCACUUAGACCUCUCUUUAGUAUCCUGAAGUGUAGGAGGACGUGUACCUGUAUGAGAAGUGACUCAGUGUGUUAGAUGUAUUUAACCUAGACCUCUCUCCAUUUGGAUUUGGGGGGAGAAUCUUGUUGAAAUUUUUGUAAAUGUUUUCUCUUCUUGCUUCCCUCUUCCUCCCCAUCCCAGACUACAAAGCUUUGGGAUAGUGUUGAUGUUUGUACAUUUUACACCUAAGUAUAAGGACAAGAAGCUAUGUAUAUUAAUCCUAUUUAAGCAACUGCAAAUCAUUGUCUGCUGUUUAAAGCCAACAGAACAGUCUGUUUUAAGUUCAGUAAGUAUUGCAUAGAUAUAUCUUAAGUUCAAUUGAUGAAAAUUGUGCAUACAAUGUUACCAAUGUUGUAAAUUAUUUUUAAUAAAGAAAACUGUAUGACA